AUGUACACCGAUGAAUCUCUUGUCUACUCAAGAGGAAUAUCAGUUGACCGUGGUCAAAACGUGUUUGUUGUAGGAAGAGAUUCUAACAAUCUGAUGAUGAUACGAUACGAUGGGAAGGACAGUAAGACCUUACUUACUGAAUCUGACGGUCUGAACAAUCCAGUCUGUAUACAUUACAACCAGAAAAAGAAAUUAUUGUUAAAUAAAGUAAUAUGUGUAGAUAGUAGAAUGGAAAAGAAAUAUAUUUUUAUGGUGAUUAUAAUUUUCUCGGAAUUUACCGUAAUUCCUGGAGCCUUACGUGUGUACAAGAAAAUGAAAUGUGGAUCCAAUGAUUACAACCCCAUUCGUCAGACUUGCUGUAAUGGCGAAGUAUCUACUCCUGCUGGAUGGUCAUGCUGUAGUACACAAGCUUAUAAUCCAGAGUUGUCGGUCUGCUGUCAGGGUGUUGUUCAUUCUAAGAAUGGCUCUUCUUGCUGUAAAGACCAAGCUUUUUAUCCAAUACUCGAAACAUGUUGCGUUGAUGCGCUGUACCCGGUAAAGGAUGGUCAUUGCUGUGGAAAUAAUAUUUAUGAUCCGACUACCGAGAAGUGUUGUGAAGGAUCGAUAAACCAGAAUGUUAAACCAGAAUACAAAUGUUGCGCAGACAAGGCGUAUAGUCCAGCAUUAGAAACAUGUGGUUUUGGUAAACUGUUUUCACCAGAAGGAUUGGGUUGUUGUGCAGAUCAGACAUACAUUCCUCAGGAUGAAACCUGUUGCAACGGAACAGUUACUGAACCAAGUGGUUUAUCCUGUUGUGGUAAAUUGUCAUAUGAUCCAGCCGACCAGAUGUGCUGCAAUGGUGCUGUUAAGGAGGCAAACUUUGUAUGUUUUGGAAAUAAGCAGGAAAUUAUAUCAAGAUAUUUUGUGAAGUGAAGGCAUAUUCACGGACUACGUUUUAUACAUAGCUUUCUAUUAUUUGCAUUUUUUUAUAAUUUUUUUUAUGUACUGUCAAAAACAUAAUAACAAUUUAAAUAUACAAUUCCUUGGUCAGAUUGACAGAUAUAUUAUAAAGAAAUCUGUAGUAAGUUGUGUCAUUCAUUCCAUCAGUCAUCCUUUGAUAUAUCAAUCUACUGUGGUCAUAUUUGUGUAUAAAUUGAAAUUAAAAUCUAAAAAUAUUGCUUCAAGUAGUACUUAUAAAUCAUAUGUUUGUAUUUUUAUAUUACCCAUAUUAUAGUUACGGAAUUAAGUACAGUAAAAAAUAUAAAAUCA